CGAGACUCAUGUCUGAUCCACGUUCCCCAUCGAGGCAUUCCCCCAUCUUCGAGGAUUCACGCCGGUAUAGUGCAGAUGCCACGGUGCUGCUUGUAGGCUUUGUUGGCGCGGGGAAGAAGAUUCUAGGAAUCAUCGCGUCGGUUGCAUUGCGGCGCCGGUUCAUCGACUUUGAUGCUGCGUUCCGUCAGGAAGUGCAGUUGUCUCCGCAGGAAUACAUCGCGCGACAUGGGUCGGCGCGAUACCGUGAGUCGGAGCUCGAGGUGACUCGAUCUCUGCUCGAAAGAAACUCCACCGGAUGUGUCAUUGUCGGAUUGGGCUGGUCGGGCAAUCACCAGCAGCAGCAGCUUUUGAAGGACUUUGCGCGAAACCAUCCUGUCGUCUAUAUCAGAAGAGGCCCAGCAGAUCUGCGGCAGUUUAUCGCCACCAGCCUGGACACAUUCAGUCGGAUUUAUGCAGCAGGCAACCAAUUCUUCCAAUCAUGCUCCAAUUUUGACUUUUUCAACCGCAGGCAGGAGUCGACCGACUCGGUUGGUCGCCCACUGCCGGCAUAUAUGAAGCUCAAAGAGACCGAACGGGUGUUUUUAGGGUUUCUUGGUCGCAUUCUCGGGCGUGCUUGUCGUGUGCUCUAUUCCUCUGAGCCAUUCUCUCCCUCUCAUACGUAUGCCUUGCAGGCUCCGUUGAGCUGGUUGGAGACAGAGCCUGAUCUCGAAGUGUUGGAAAGUGGAGUGGAUGCAAUCAACCUUAUCAUCGAUUCCGCUGCAGUCACUGCAGAGCAUGCAUUCACUGACAAGCUUGUCAAGCACAUGGCGACCGUCCGAAAACAUACGAGAGUUCCGGUGUUUGUUGAGACCCGUUCUCCAAUGCAGCCAGAGCUUUUAGAAAGCCUUUUGCGGCUUGCACCAGAUGUUCUGGCAUGUCCACUUGAUAGUGGCCCAUUCCGGGAGUUGAAUAGCAUCAAGGGUCACACCAAGAUCAUCGCCACCUAUCAGCAGUCGACACCAUUGAGCGGCAGUCAGUGUGCUGAAUUGGCUUCGCUCCUCGAAAGAGCACGUUCAAGUGGGUUUGAUGCAUUGCGCGUUACUGCUGAAGCAAACGUGCCUGCUGAUAGUCUUUCUUGUAUCGCUCUACAACAACACAUGAGCGAAUCAAACUUUCCAGUCAUCAUCUACCAUACAGGACUACAAGGUCGAAGCUCCAUCUGUCUCAAUCCGACUCUAUCUCCUGUAGUCCCUCCAUCCAUGCAGGAUACAGGUCUCACCCUUGAAUCAGUCCAACGAGCACUCGUCUCGUGCUACCUCCUCCCCAAGAGAAAAUUCACAGUUUUUGGCCAGAACGUAGCAAACAGUUUGUCCCCAGCAAUGCACAACGCCGCGUACACUGCCUGCGGCCUACCACACGUAUACAACAUCGUCUGCAGUGAUGACUUUUCGGAUAUCCACCGUCUGCUUCACAGCGCAGACCAUGGUGGCGUGGCCAUUACACUUCCUUAUAAAUCCGACGUGCUUCCUUUUCUAGACGAAAUUAGUCCCGAUGUCAAGGACAUCCAAGCCGUCAACACCGUCACCAUCGAACAAGCCCGUCCAGAUGGGGCUAUCACUCUCAAAGGUCAUAAUACCGACUACAUCGGCAUCCGAGACUGCAUCCACAAACAUCUCUCCCCUGCAAAUGCUAUUCGUCCGGGCAUAACCGCCUUGAUUAUCGGUGCAGGUGGUAUGGCCCGCGCUGCCAUAUACGCAUGCUACCAACUAGGUGUUCGACAAAUCUGCAUUUACAACCGCACAAUCGCAAACGCACAAACCCUCGCGGAUUACUACUCCCACUGGGCCGACUCUAAUACAGGCACGCGUCUUCACAUUCAGGUCCUACGUUCUUCUGACCCCUGGCCAGAACACCUCCGCCAACCUACAAUCAUCGCAGCAUGUCUACCAGCCUUCGACAUGAGCCAAUCCCCUGUGUCACUACAUAUACCCGACGCAUGGCUUCAAAGCCCUACCGGGGGAGUCUUAAUCGAUAGGUUGUCAUUAACAAAACAGGUGGCCUACGGACACCCCCAAACCCCCAUUCGAAAGAAAAUUAACACAAGAUCCUCCAAAUGGGUCAUCGUCGACGGCCUAGUCCUUCUCCUCGAGCAGGGUAUCAUUCAGUACGAACUGUUCACGAAACGACCUGCCCCGGUGCAUGUCAUGAGACGGGCUCUUGAGCAAGCAAUCAACACCCACCCUGAUCCCUGUCUUUCUACUCAGCAGCACCAUCAAUAACCGCAUCGAUAAUAUGUCUUUACC